CUAGGCCUUUUUGACCCUGCCCACUGGGACACUGCAGCCGCCGCGUGCUGGUCCUUCUGCUGCAGGGGUGGGGGGAAGGGGUGACCCCGCCCACAGAGCUUUGAUUUCCGCCUAAGGGGCUUAAGGGACAGCCUCCAAGGCCUUGACUCUUUAAAGGAGCACCGAGCCCUCUUUGGGGGGACUCUGGGCCUUUCUUGUACUAAACUCCUCCCAGACAGGCACACUGAGCACCCGCCUCCCCGUGAAGCAUUGAGGCCUCUUGGAGGGGGGGGGCUUGCUCUGAGUACAGUGAACCUCAUUUCUCUGACUCCCUCAUGCGAUCUUGUCGCCGGGGCACUAGCACAGUGCCUGGCGCGGAGGAAACUCUAGGUUAACAGUGGUUGGAUGAAUGGGUAACCCCACCCUCCAAUUAGGACACAGACCUGCCUCCCAGGCCUGCCCUCCUCAGUGAGGCAGGAAGGCCAAGUAUAGACUCCUGGUCUCUGACUGACAGCCACCAUUCGGCCGCUCCAGGGUAUGAAAUGGCCCAUUCUUGUCCCCAGCUGCCCAGUGAGGUUCUCAUGGGAAAAUUUAUUCGGACUCCCAGAACAGUUGAUUUGGGCUUCUAUCUCAGCUCCCUCUUGCCUUAGGCCCUGGCAUCUCUUUCAUUCAUUCAUUCAUUCAUUCAUUCAUAAAACACUGAGUGAAAGUUUAUCUGGUGCCCACCUUUCCUCUGCUUCCUGUCUCAUCUGCAAGUUGGGGACAAGAGUCAUGGUACUUGCCUCUCUUGCCUACAGGCCCGACCAAGAGCUCCCAGAGCCUGACAGGAUCUGGAGUCUCUGUAUGUGUCUCACUUUCAGACCUGCGCUCCCUGAGGACUGCACCUGGGAGGGCUUUGAGGAAGGCGGGAAGGAAGGAAAGGACCGCCUCAAGGAUUCGAUGGCUCAUGCUCUUGGUUUACUCCGUACUGUGUGACACAGUGUCUGUGGGUGGUGGGUUGGGCCCUGGAGGAGAGGGUUUUGGAGAAGUGGAUGCAGAAGUAAAUAAGGUGAGGGAGAGACAUAGGUGGGCCCUGCCUGCUGUGGGGCAUGUGACAACUGCACUAAUAGAAGUGGGUGGGGAGUGGUGGGAUGGAGAAUAGCACCUAGAUUGGAGUGGAGGACUUGGCUGGGGGCCAGGCCGUGAGGCAGGGGACAGGGCCAGUGUGUGAAGGCGCUCCGGUGUUAAGCUAAGCCGCGUGGUGGGUCUGAGCCUUCCAGCAUCAAAGUGCAUGCUGAUUGGUUUGCAUUCAGCUCCUCCAUGUCCCAGGGGUGUUACCUUGGAUAAAUCCCUCCAGGUAUCAGUUUCCUCAUCUGUACAAGGGGGGUUGAUAAUAAGACUGACCUCGCAGGAUUGUCGUGAGGAUUAAAUGAGGUCAUGAGCAUUCAAUUAACGUUAGUUAUGCAAAUAGUGUUAUCAGGCAGUAGGGGAUGGUGAUGAAAGUGUCUUAUUCCUUCAUUUAUUGAACAAGUAUUUACAGAGUUACUACUCUGCUGGGCACUGUGCCUGGUGAUGAUGGAGCUAGCAACCAACAAAGAGAAACCUUACGCGGUCUCCCGCAGCCUGUGGGGAUAACAGAUGUAGAAGCAGGGAUGAUAAUUCCACGUGGGAAGUGCUGGCUUGGGAAGGCCUCCCAGAUGUCACUUAGUCUUCAAGGAGAUAGCAAGAGCCAGAGAUUUCGAUUCACUUUCCAAGGACAAUGUCUUCGAGAAUAACCGUUUGGCCUUUGAAGUGGCCGAGAAGGAGCUGGGGAUCCCUGCUCUCCUGGACCCCAAUGACAUGGUCUCCAUGAGUGUCCCCGACUGCCUCAGCAUCAUGACGUACGUGUCCCAGUAUUACAACCACUUCGCCAGCCCUGGCCAAGCUGGUGUCUCACCAGCCAGAAAGGGUCUGGCACCCUCCUCCCCACCAUCCGAAGCAUCUCCUCCAGUGGAACCAGGUUAUAGGGCUCAGGGUGAGGAGCUCUCCUCCAGCUGCCUGUCAGAGCGGGGUGCCCACCGAGCCCCCAGCAGCACCUGCGCGGCCUGCCAGCAGCACGUGCACCUGGUGCAGCGUUACCUGGCCGAGGGCAAGCUGUACCACCGGCACUGCUUCCGGUGUCGGCAGUGCUCCAGCACCCUGCUCCCUGGGGCUUACAGGAGUGGGCCUGAGGAGGGCACCUUCGUGUAUGCGGAGCCGUGUGCCAGGCUGGGCCCGGGUGGACGGUCAGGAGCCAAGUCUGGGCCCCCUCCGCAGCCAAAGCAACAGCAAGAAGCAAAGGAAGCAGCAGAAGAAGCCACGGAUGUGGAGGAAGGCGGCCCCGGGCCUGGCGCAGCUGCGGGGGCUGAGGUGGACGUGCCCAAGGCCAGCCCCGAGGCCCGGCCCCAGAUCCCCGCCAAGCCUCAGGUUCCUGACAAACCCCCGGAGCUGGCCAGCCCCCCGGCGAGCUGCCCCACACCUGCCCCCAGGAAGGUCUCCGAGAGCACAGCCCUGACGCCCCCCACGCCCCGGCCCCGGUCCAGUCUGCAGCCUGAGAACUCGAUGGAGCAGGGUGGCAGCAGCGGCCUGGUGAACGGAAGACUGCACGAACCCCCUGUCCCCAAGCCCAGAGGGACACCCAAGCUGUCAGAAAGGACACCCGCCCCCAGGAAGGACCCCCCAUGGAUCACUCUGGUACAGGCAGAGCCAAAGAAGAAGCCAGCCCCACUGCCCCCAAGCAGCAGCCCUGGGCCUCCAUGCCAGCACAGUGGGCGGGCGGAGAAUGGAGGCGUAGAGGAGGGCACCCCAAGGAGCCCUGCGGUGGCUGGCCCAGAGCCCAAGCCCUACAACCCCUUUGAGGAGGAGGAGGAGGAGCCCCCGGCUGCACCUAGCCUGGCCACCGGCCCUGCUCAGGCCCACCCGGAGUCCACACCCAAGUCCUUACACCCGUGGUAUGGCAUCACCCCCACCAGCAGCCCCAAGACAAAGAAGCGCCCUGCCCCCCGAGCGCCCAGCGCGUCCCCACUGGCUCUCCACGCUUCCCGUCUCUCACGCUCGGAACCACCCUCAGCUACCCCAUCACCAGCCCUCAGCGUGGAGAGCCUGUCAUCCGAGGGUUCCAGCCAGACCCCCAGCGGGGAGCUUCUGGAGCCACCUGUUGUGCCUAAGAGCUCCUCAGAGCCUGCUGUUCAUGCCCCUGGCACCCCUGGGACCUCUGCCAGCCUCUCUGCCAACUCCUCCCUGUCCUCCUCUGGGGAGCUGGUGCAGCCCAGCAUGGACCAGACACCUCAAGCCAAUCCUGGCCUUGCCCCCAGUACUAGGGGCAGCCCAGGGUCCCAGCCAGCCAAGCCCUGCAGUGGUGCUGCCCCCACCCCUCUCUUGUUGGUUGGAGAAAAGAGCCUCGUGCCUUCCUCUGGAACCUCAUCCCCACAGCUCCAGGUAAAGUCUUCCUGCAAGGAGAAUCCUUUUAACCGGAAGGCAUCACCCACAGCAUCCCCAGCCACAAAGAAAGCCACCAAGGGAUCCAAGCCAGCGAGGCCUCCUGCCCCAGGACACGGCUUCCCGCUCAUCAAGCGGAAGGUCCAAGCUGACCAGUACAUCCCCGAGGAUGACAUCCACAGGGAGGUGGACACCAUUGAGCGCCAGCUGGAUGCCUUGGAACACCGUGGGGUCCUGCUGGAGGAGAAGCUGCGAGGCGGAAUGAACGAGAGCCGUGAGGACGACAUGCUGGUGGACUGGUUCAAGCUUAUCCACGAGAAGCACCUGCUGGUGCGGCGGGAGUCCGAGCUCAUCUAUGUCUUCAAGCAGCAGAACCUGGAACAACGUCAGGCGGACGUGGAGUAUGAGCUCCGGUGCCUUCUCAACAAACCAGAAAAGGACUGGACAGAGGAGGACCGGGGCCGGGAGAAGGUGCUGAUGCAGGAGAUUGUAACCCUCAUUGAGCAGCGCAAUGCCAUCAUCAACUGCCUGGAUGAGGACCGGCAGAGGGAGGAAGAGGAAGAUAAGAUGUUGGAAGCCAUGAUCAAGAAGAAAGAGUUCCAGAAGGAGGCUGAACUCGAGGGCAGGAGGAAGGGCAAGUUCAAGACCAUGAAGGUGCUGAAGCUGCUAGGAAACAAGCGUGACACCAAGAGCAAGUCCCCCGGGGACAGGAGCUAACAGCCAGGGGCUUCCACCCACCCCCUCCCGGCUCAGGCUCUGGGCUGUGCCCCGCUGGAGGGGGCACCCUACUUCCCUUCAGGACCAGUUGAGAGGAAAGAUGACUUAAGGGGAGGGGGCCUCCGGGUGACGGCCUCUCCCUCCUCAGGGUCCUCUGGCUGGUCUGGGCCAAAGAGUUUUCUUCCCUCUUCUCUGAGCCACAGGCAUCUGUGGCUCAGCCCUUCCCAGUCUGGUUCCGAUGACUCCAGAUGCUGUGAUGGGCCCAAGGAGCAAGCGGGGUCCUUGGUCUAGGGAGCAGCAGUGGCCAAGCACACCCGCCCCUCGUCUCGCCCGGCCCUUGCCGUGACAGGCAGCUCCUUGGUCCUUCUCCCUUCUGUGUGAGGUCCAGAUGGGGCCUCAGAGUUGUCAGAGUUCUGACCUGAGGCUCCUUCCACCCUUGAGGUCUGCCCGUGGUGGCCUCUGGCCUGGCGUCCUGCCCUGAGGGUUCUUUCCCUCCUGGCAGGCCAGAAAGCAGAGCUUGGCUGCCCUGGCUUCUUGGUGCCACGGCCCUGGCUUCUUCCUGCCCUGGCUCCGAGUCUCUGUCUUCCUUUCCGGGGCAGGCGGCCCUGAACCUGUUUCUCCUCAUUCAGGAGCUGUAUUUAUGAAGUCUCUGAUUCGGUUUGGGUUGGUUCCUGUGUCCUCUGACAUGAAUGGGCCUGAUGGACAAAACCCUCCCUCUGUACUCUGUCCCUUGAAGUUCUCGGUACUUCCUUCAUCUUCCUCGCUCUCUAGGAAACCGCACCAGGACAGGGGCCUCUGAUAGCCACGCUGGGCGGGUGGGUUCCCCCGUGCUGAGGCUGGCCCCAGUUGCAGUUCUGGUCCCUAAUUAUCAGCCAAAGGGGGGUACGCUUUACGUAGGUGCUAAUCAUGGUUGUUUAACACACUGUAGUCUGACCCCUCAUUGAGGCUCCCUGCGCCCAGAGGGAGGGGAUAGUGGGCCUGUUCCUGUGUGUGGUCGUCACCAGUCUGCUCAUACUCGUCUGUUGUUCAUUCUUUCCCGGCUUGUUCCCACUGAAGGACUGAUGGCCACUCGCCCCUUUGGAAUGGCUGUGGGAGAGGAGCUGAUGGGGACAAUGCCUUUUUCCCAGGGACUGUGCCCAGCAACUCUUGGUCAAAGCACUAUUGCUAUAAGCUAUUUCUGGGGCUGCUCUAGGGCCCCCUUCCCUCAGCACACUUCUGGGGAAAGAUCGCACUGUAUUAACUCACGAGGAUUUCCUCACCACCAAUAAAUGGAGACGACCGCAUUGCCGUGCCCUGCA